UUUACAAUGGGUGACAAAGACGGUGAAGACAAAGAGAAAAAAGAGUUGGUAUUCAACGAUUAUGAGCUGUUUACGAUGGACUUCAUCAGCAAGAUGGCAAUGCUAUGCCUUGCUGUGCUGGUGUGCAUAGCUGUUGCCAUCGUAAACCUGGUAACAUGUGCACAGAGCAACGAUAUAAAGAACAUCACAUUCACGUGCAACCAGUGCUUCGUCGUGUUGGGUGUAAUUACGGCGAUAGCCCUGUGUGUGAUGCUUGUCGCUCCCGUGAUCUACCAAUCAUUGAUCUACAUCUUUGAGGGCGUGCCGGACAAAAAACUGAAAAUGAAAAGAAGCGUGAAUCAAAUGGCACUUGGGCUGUUUCUGUUCACAGCGGUCCUUCUCAUGAUACUUGUACCUGCCGCGUUCUACCAAGACUUCCUCAAAGGACGGGUGUUCAUAUUUUUUAUGCUCACGCUGCUGAUCGAUUUAGUGCUCGUGCACUAUUCAAUGAUUACGAAGAACAACAAUUCGUUCAAGGUCUUUAUUGCCAUAAGCACGGUCGCCGGCAUAGCAUUUGCCAUAUCGGCCCAGUCAUUGAUGGGUUUCUCGAUGAUGGCGCUCCUAGCCACUAUUUUUGUCAAGAUUGCCAUUAUAGAAAGCACUUAUUUCGUUAGACAGCUCAGAACCACAGAAGACGGCAGAAAAAAGAACGUGAACGUCCUCAAUUUUAUUAUGGUACUUGCGGUGUACAGCGUGCUGUUCUAUUUUGUGUUCAAGGAUGAUAUCAUAGCAUACAUAAAUGGUGUUAACGGCAACCUGGCAAAUUAUCUAUACGGAUUUCUGCACAAGUUUGUGAUAGAAAAUCCGUUUGGUGUUGCCAAGAUGAUGAGCGGCGGUAAAUAAAGUAAUUUUUGGAACAAA